AUGUGGGUAGAUUCAAGUACAGAAAGUGAUUCAGCUGCUGAUUUGGAAAUUGGUAAGAAAAUGAGUGGAGAUGAUGAAAAAAGUAAAGAGCUCGGGUGUAAUGGUCGACAUUUAAAGAGAAUCUCCAAGAGGGAGCAGAGUGUGGUUAGGGGUCCAAAUGCAGAUGUGAAAGGUGACGAUGGAUUAGGUAAGAACAAGAAUGUUUUAGGUUCUAGUGACAGUAUGGAGUCGUUGGACGGUGAGGUUGGGGAGGAGGCAAUGAGUCUUGGGAAGAAGAAAAUGAUGGUGGAGAAAGGGAAAAAAUCCUCUUUUAAUAAGCCUCCCAAACCUCCUAGGCCUCCUGGAUCCCCAUCAUUUGAUGAGGCUGACAUGAUGCUCGUUAGAGAAAUUUCUGAGCUUGCAAGACAGAAGCAGGCAAGAACUGGUCGAAUAAAAGCAGUGAAGAGGAGGAGGGUUGAUAGAGCAUCUUCUUCGGUCGUUAACAUUUUUGCGAUGAUCAUCACCGUUAUGUUCUGCUUUGUGAUAAUCUUUCAAGGUAUUUUGGGUUCACACCUAUGAUGCUCACUGUGAGGAUAUCCUUAAUCCUGCUUGUUGACCCCUUUACCCUCUUCUUUUAUGAGUGGAAUUAUCUGAAUUGAGGCUUUUGUUGAGCUAAGCUGAUAUGCUACAUAUCAUUGGCCAACUUCUGUGAAUAAUUUGCGCAAAAUCAGGUUUUGUAGUACAAUAAAACCUUUUAAGUCUGUGUUAAGUAUUUUUUAUCCAGUUCUUACACUUUUAAGUAAUAUAUUACAGUAUUGAUUAUCUAAAUUCUGCAAAAUAAGCUUAUGUUGAGUUCUGUACAUUAUAUUGGCCAAGAUAUAUAGUAACAGCCAGAAAAGGGGCA